GUGUAUUGUUGUCUUGGUGUUCGAAGGGAAAAGUGGCUUGUCCUUUCGCCAAAAUCCAACUUUCCAAGCGCAGAUCAUGAUCAAAGACUGGGAUCUCUGGCUGGUUCCACUUGGAUUCGCAACCCUCGCGACGUAUCAUGGCUACUUUCUCUAUAUCUACAAGACGCAGCCGCUCCUCACGGUGAUCGGGGCCAACCAUGUCGGGCGACGAGCGUGGGUUCGAUCGAUGAUGGCGGAUGUUGAGAAGAAGAGUGUCCUUGCAGUGCAAAGCUUGCGAAACUCGAUGAUGGGAUCCAUCCUGUGGGCGUCGGUGGCGAUCCUCCUGUGCUCCGGAUCGGUGGCCUUCAUCAACACGUCGUAUAGCUACGGCCUCAGAAAGCCCGUGUUCGAGAGCUUCGGUGGCGGCAAGACCAAGCAGGAUGAGACGACCAUGUCGAUCAAGGUGACUUUGCUUCUGGGAUGUUUCAUGGUUUGCUUCUUUUGCUGCAUGCAAUCGGUGAGGUUCUUAAACCAGGUCAGUUUCUUCAUCAACACGCCCGGGGAUGAGAUCCUCUCCAAGUUUGUCACGCCGGAAUACGUCGCCAGUCUGUUCGAAAAGGCUUGCAACUUCCAGGCAGCCGGAUCGAGGAGCUUUUAUUUUACGAUCCCACUACUUUUGUGGAUCCUGGGCCCGGUUCCUCUCGCCAUGGCGUGCUUCGUCAUUAUCCCUUUCCUGUACCACCUUGACAUGAAGUAAAAGAAAUCUAUUACCCGCAUUUAGCCAAUGUUCAUCUGAGUCAAACAGAGAAUGUGUUUGUCAAAACGUAAUC